AACAGGGUGAUUGUAACAAACGGAGGGACGGUGGGGGGAGGAGAGGGGAGGGGAAUAAAAGCCUCCGCGGUCGCUUGGAGGUGUGGGAGCGGAAAACGAAGCACACACGUGGAGGAACAAAAAAACGCAGCUCCGCUUUUGAAACAAGCCCAAGUUUGGAGGAACACGGCUGUUGUUGGUCUACAGGGAGGAAAUGUCUCAGAAAGAGACAGAUAUGUGACCUCUGAAAGCUGAGGAGAGACGCGCUUUUUAAAUUAUCAGCUACUGACAUUAAGAAAGAUAACAGGCUGGAAAAGAGGAGACCAUGGAAAAGCCCUGGAGGAGGCGGAGGACGCAGGCGUUGGGAUGGAAGUGGCUGCUGCUCUGUUUGUUCACUGGUGGUGUUGAUGCCCAGUGUGAAGGCUGUAUUGAGUACUGCUGUGACGGUUCGCCGCCUUUCUGCUGCUCCUACUACGCCUACGUGGGGGACGUCCUCUCGGGCACCGCCAUCUCCGGUAUCGUGUUCGGCGUGGUGUUUUUGAUGGGGGCGGUGGCGGCUUUGUUUCUGUGCAUGUGUAUGUGUAUGAAGAACGGGCGUGGUGCACGGGUCGGCGUGUUCAGCACCUCCUACAUCAACACUGUGAGCCAGGGAUACCCAGGUCCUCCACCUCCAUACAACUAUGAUUAUGAGAUGUACCCCCAGUCCUUGCAUCCACCACCCUACACUCCAACUCAACCUCGGCCAGACAACUACUCCCCACCACCUCCUUAUCCUGGGUUUACCCGGAAGUGAUUUCUCCCACAUUGUAGAAGCCAUCCAGACCAGCUUCACCUCUUAUCGCUUGGAUUUAGGGACCUGGAGAUCUCUGUACAGCGUGUGGUGUUGCAGUGUGGAUACAACCCAGCACGGUGUCCAUAUUAAAACUUAAGGAGUGAACAGCCAGAAUACCCUAGUUGAUGUCACUGUCUUUCAGCUGCUCUGUGGAGAAACAUAUGGUGGGGAAAAUAAUCAUUCUGUAAAAUGUGGGUCAGGACAGCCAGAGAAUGCCCCACCAAGUCUGAUAGACUUAACUGUUGGCUGGACUGCAGCUGGUACUUACAGCAUGCCAAUGACCGAUAUACUUUGUAUCCCAUCUGUGCACAUUUAAGGUAGCACACUGUUUGGACAAAGGUGAAGACUUCUUUUCUCAGCAUGGAGUGGAACCUCACAUUGUUGGAGAGAAGAAAAUGUCUCUAAAAACACCAUAUGAACUCUUUUUUUUGUAAGGUUUGCUAUAUUUCCCCCAUAUUUCCUUUUGAACUUGAUGUAUAUAAGUAACUGAGGUGGGAGUUUAUGAUUAAAGCCAUUUUAAACAAGUCAGGUCUGGACCUGUCUUGUGUAGACAUAAAGACUUGAACAUAAUGUUUAAUAAUGUGUUUAAUGGCAUGGCCAGUCUUAAGGAUUGGCCUAUUGGUAAUGAACUGGCUUUUAUUACCUUAAUUGAAUUCUUAUAGGAGGGUGAAUACAAAACUGACUCACACUGAAAAAGACAUGUAAUAAAAUUGCAGUUGUAGAGAAAUUAAGGGGUUUUAUUUGAUAUGACUGUGAAUAGAUGAGGUUUAAUCAUAUAAACAAUGUAAGGUAAAUUAUUGUUGCCUUGCUCUUUCAGUGCCUGUUGUAAAUUAAACAUGUUUAUAAAUAU